GUGGAAAUAGGGGAAGGGGUCAGAUUUAUCCUGAUGGUAGCAAAAGUAACAAUACAGUUUAUAAUGCUACGGCAGGAGGGAUAAUAAGCAAAAUUUUACGAAAAGAAAAAGGGGGAUACGAAAUAACCAUAGUGGAUGCAUCGAAUGAACGCCAAGUAAUUGAUAUUAUCCCUCGAGGCCGAGAACUUCUUGUUUCAGAGGGCGAAUCCAUUAAACUCGAUCAACCAUUAACGAGUAAUCCUAAUGUGGGUGGAUUUGGUCAAGGGGAUGCGGAAAUA